GCCACAGAGCCUGAGCGAUGGAGGCGAGAUAAGCGACCCGGGCUGAGGAGCAGCAGAGCGGGUUUAACCGGGGAUUAGCGGAGAGACCGGCGGCAGGUAGUGCACUGUGGUGACCUUCCACGGAGAUAAGAAGAUUAACAUCAGCACCUCGGCCUAAAGUUUGUUGGUGUGAGGAUGACGCUGGGUGCGGUAGCGUCGGUGAUUUUGGCAAUAGGAGGAGCUGCUCUGUUCUCCUCCAUCCACAAGAUUGAAGAGGGACACACUGGGGUUUACUACAGGGGCGGAGCUUUACUGACUACCACCAGUGGGCCUGGUUUCCACCUGAUGCUGCCGUUCAUCACCUCCUUCAGAUCUGUACAGACCACCCUUCAGACAGAUGAAGUCAAAAAUGUUCCGUGUGGUACAAGUGGUGGAGUGAUGAUCUACUUUGAUCGGAUCGAGGUGGUGAACUACCUGGUUCCCUCAGCCGUGUACGGCAUUGUGAGGAACUUCACAGUGGAUUACGACAAGGCUUUGAUCUUUAAUAAAGUUCACCAUGAGUUGAACCAGUUCUGCAGUGUUCACACUCUGCAGGAGGUCUACAUCGGCCUGUUCGAUCAGAUUGAUGAGAAUCUGAAGCUGACCCUGCAGGAAGAUCUGACUGUAAUGGCUCCUGGUCUGAUCAUUCAGGCUGUUCGUGUCACUAAACCCAACAUACCAGAGUCGAUUCGCAGGAACUAUGAGCUCAUGGAGAGCGAGAGGACCAAGCUGCUGAUUGCUGCUCAAACCCAGAAGGUGGUGGAGAAGGAGGCGGAGACUGAGAGGAAACGAGCUGUGAUUGAGGCUGAGAAGGUAGCUCAAGUCGCUGAGAUAAAAUAUGGGCAGAAGGUGAUGGAGAAAGAGACGGAGAAAAAGAUCUCGGCGAUCGAGGACAGUGCGUUUGUGGCGAGGCAGAAAGCGAAAGCAGAUGCUGAGUUUUAUACGUCUGAGAGAACAGCCGAGGCCAACAAGUUGAAGUUAACUCCGGAGUAUCUGCAGCUGAUGAAGUAUAAGGCGAUAGCGGCGAACAGUAAGAUCUACUUCGGCAGUGAAAUUCCUCACAUGUUUAUGGACUCCGGACCCACCGGAUCCUCCAGAACCGCCCAGGCUAUAGACGCCCUGUCUGAGGACAUCCUCAACCUCGACUGAACCGGAGAGAGAGACACUGAGAGAGAGAGAGAGAGAGAGAGAGAGAGAGACACUGGGAGAGAGACGCUUAAAGAAACACACAGAGACAAAGAGAAACACACUGAGAGAAAGAGAGAGACACUGGGAGAGAGAGAGAGAGAGAGAGAGAGAGAGACACUGGGAGAGAGAGACGCUUAAAGAAACACACCGAAACACAGAGAAACACACUGAGAGAGAGACAAUAUGAGAAACAUACUGAGAGAGAUAGACUGAGAGAAACAGAGAGAGAGAGACACUGAGAAACACACUGAAAGAGAGAAAGAGACACACAGAAACACAUUGAGAGAGAAAGAGACACUGAGAACCACACUGAGAGAGAAAGAGACACUGAGAGAAACACACAGAGAAAGAGAGACACUGAGAAACACACUGAGAGAAAAAGAGACACUGAGAGAAACACACUGAGAGAGACACUGAGAGAGAAAGAGACAUUGAGAGACACACAGAGAGAAAGAGACACUGAGAGAAACACACUGAGAGAGAGACACUGAGAAACACACUGAGAGAAAAAGAGACACUGAGAGAAACACACUGAGAGAGACACUGAGAGAGAAAGAGACAUUGAGAGACACACAGAGAGAGAGACACUGAGAGAGAGAGAGACAUUGAGAGACACAGUGAGAAAGAGACACUGAGAGAAACACACUGAGAGAAACACACUGAGAGAGAGACACUGAGAGAAACACUGAGAGAGAGACACAGAGAGAGAGAGAGAGAGUGUGAGAGACUGAGAGAGAUACUGUGAGAAAUAGAGACACACUGAGACACUGAGCAAGAGACAGAGACAAACACAGAGAGAGAGAGAGAGAGAGAGAGAGAGAGAGAGAGACUGAGAGGGAGAGAAAGAGACAGAGGGAGAAAGAGAGACACACUGAGAGACAGAGAGAGAGAGACAGGUAUAGUGGAGUUGGCAGUACUGCUCUGGUGGGUCGGGGGCUCCUGCGGCGCCGCUUUGUGUUUUUAACUGAAAGUGUUUCAGUCUCUGUGUCUGUAUUCAACACAACUCCCCCACCGUCCUCCUCCAUCAACUCACACACACUCACACACACUCACACACACACACACACACUUCUCUCUCUCACACACACACACUUCUCUCUCUCACACACACACACUUCUCUCUCUCACACACACACACACACACACUUCUCUCUCUCUCACACACACACACUCUCACACACACACACACACUCUCUCUCUCACACACACUCUCUCUCUCUUUUUUUGUUGCUACUUUUACUCCCCCUCUGCAUUCCUUUUUCCCCAUCUCACUUUCUUUCUUUUGCUCUUUCUCUUUUCGUUUUAUGUUCUUUGUUUCUGUCUCUUUUCUCAUUCUAUUCUUUUCCCCUUUGGUUUUCUCUUCUGUUUCAUUCCCUUAAUCUCCACCUCUUCUUUCUUUCUCUCUCCCUCUCUUUCUUUUUAGCUUUUUUUUCCUUCAUUUUUUGCUCUCUUUCUUGUUUCCAUAUUUUUUCCAUUCUAUCUCCUCUUUUUUCCUAUCCUUUUUUUAUUUUUCUCCAUGCUCUUUCUCUGCCUUUUCUCCAUUUUCUUAAAGUCUAUUUUCGUCUUUUCUUUCUUUCUCGCCCUCUGUUUUUCUUUUUUCUUUCUUUUUUCCUUUUCACCAUCUGUUUUUCUUUUCUAUAUAUUUUCCUCUUUACUUUCUAUUUUCUUUUACACUUUACUCUUCUCUCUCUCUUUCUGUGUCCUUCUCCGUCUCUCUGACUCAAUUCAGCACUCUUUUUCUCUCCCUCGCUCUUUCUUUUGCUUUCUUUUUUUUUUAUUUUUUUUCCUCUCUCUCUUUCUUGGUUCCCUCUCCUGUCUUUUUUUGGUAUUUUUCUCCCUGCUCUUUCUCGGCCUUUCCCCCAUUUUCUUAGUGUCUUUUUAUCUUUUCUUUCUUUCUCACCCUCUGAUUCCUUCGUUCUUUCAUUUUCACCCUUUGAUUCUUCCUUUUUUUAACCUUUUUCCUGCCUUUCUUGUUUCUGUUUUUUCAAUUCUAUCUUCUUCUCUUUUUUUCUCUGUCACUGUCUUCUUUUUAUUCUUGCCCAUUUUUCCCAUUUUUAGUCUUUUUUGGCUUUUUUUCUUUUUCACCCUGUUUCUUUCUGUUCUAUAAUUUUUUCUAUUUUAUUUCACAUUUACUCUCUCUCUCUCUCUCUCUCACUCUCUCUCUCACUCUCACUCUUCUGGACUCUGUCCCUCCAGAAGGUUCUACAGUCCUGGUAGACUGAUCUCUGGAUCUCUGGGUUCUGGAGUUUAGACUGAAGCAUGAGCCGGAUCGGUUUAUGUUUACACAGCGGCGCUGAUCCGGUUCUGGGUUCUGCUGGUGAGAUAAGUAGAUUAUGGAAUGACUCAUCACUGGAACAUCUCUCCAGAAAGUCCGAUA